GUCCCGUUUCUGCGUAGCCCGUUUGAAUUCUAUAUUUCUACUUCAGAACUUAAACAGAUACUCACUCUUUUGCCUGUUGGUUGAUCGAACUCUACUCCAAAGUUUCAAAGAAGUAAAAGGUAAGGGUUUGGAGAGAGGUGGUAGGAGCUGCGAUUUCAUGGAGACUGAGCUCAAGAUCAAAGGUAAAUUAGGGUCAAAGAGAAGUCUUCCUAUGCCUGUGUGCGGUGCAAGAUGCAAAAAGAGGAAGCAGGUGGAAUCUGAUAGCAAAGGUCCUAAGGACAUUAACACAAGCCAGCAGGGAGUUCCUGAGAUUAUUGAGCUGCAAUUUGUAGAUGACAUUUGUGGAUGCAGAGAAAAUUUUCCAGAUUACUGUGUUCAAGAAGAAGAAAAUGGCUGGAGUGUUAUUCCUGAUGAUGAUGAUGACCCACAAUAUAAGAUCUUCUUGGCUAGUACUGUACAACGGGGUACAUCAUACACGACUACACUUGAAGAGAAUGGGUCACCCGUGUUCUUACAUUAUGAAACAGAGAAUGUGUGUGGAGAUGAGUCUGAUUAUGUGUGCAGGAGUAGUGUGAAGAACAUUAAGAAAGGGCAUGAUGAUGGUAGGGGGGAGGGGGAUGAUGAUGACCCACAAUAUCUGAUCUUCUUGGCUAAUACUGUACAGAAAGGUACAUCAUAUGAGACUAAACUUGAAGAGAAUGGCUUGCCCUUGUUCAUACAUUACGAAAAGGAGGAUGUGUCUGGUGAGGAGCGUGGUGAUGUUAGCAGGAGAAGAGCGAAGAACAUUAAGAAAGUGUACAAUGACAAUGGUGGGGGGAAUGUUGUUGAUCCACAAUAUAUGACCUUCUUGGCUAAUACUGUACAGAAAGGUACAUCAUAUGUGACUAAACUUGAAGAGAAUGGCUUGCCCUUGUUCAUACAUUACGAAAAGGAGGAUGGGUCUAGUGAGGAGCGUGGUGAUGUCGGCAGGAGAAGAGCAAAGAACAUUAAGAAAGGGUACAAUGACAAUGGUGGGGGGAAUGAUGUUGAUCCAAAAUAUAUGACCUUCUUGGCUAAUACUGUAAAACGAGGUACAUCACACACGACUACACUUGAAGAGAAUGGCUUGCCCUUGUUCAUACAUUACGAAAAGGAGGAUGGGUCUGGUGUGGAGAGUGGUGAUGUUAGCAGGAGAAGAGUGAAGAACAUUAAGAAAGGGUACAAUGACAAUGGUUGGGGGAAUGAUGUUGAUCCAAAAUAUAUGACCUUCUUGGCUAAUACUGCACAACGAAGUACAUCAUACACGACUACACUUGAAGAGAAUGGGUCACCCUUGUUCUUACAUCACGAAAAAGAGGAUGGAUGUGAUGAUGAUCCUGUUGAUGUGUGCAGGAGAAGAGUGAAAAACAUUGAGAAAGGGCACAAUGCUAGAGAAAAGGCUUUUGGGACUGUUUCUGGAAAGUAUAAGGUGGAAAGAGCAAAUGGUUUUAAAAUGGUUCUAGAAAAGAAUAAGGAUGUGUCUGUGGUUGUAGACAAUGAUGUUGAUCCAAAAUAUAUGACCUUCUUGGAUAAUAUUGUACAACGAGAUACAUCAUAUACUGUUUCUGCAGUGCAUAGACUAGUACCUAAGAGUCAUUACGAAUAUAAUAUUGACAGUGGAUCACAUAAAGAAAGGAGUACUCAAAACUGGAGAAUAUCAGAGAAGGACAGGGAGGAAGAAAACAUAGAAGAAGAUUGUUUGGUUCUGAAUCAAAACAUUACAUGUGAAAACUAUGCUGUUAAAACUUCAUCUUCAGGCAAUUGGCAUAUGGAACGUGGUUGUAAUCAUUCUGAAGGUGUCGAAGCUAUUCCAAACAAUUAUGCUGUGGUUUGCAAGGAAAGAAGCCCUGAGCUCUCUCCUGGGAAUCAGCAUGUGGAAUAUGAUCUUAAGGACUGGGAAGAGGAAGACAUAGAUUAUGCUUAUCGGGCUUUACUGCAAAACAUGACAUGUCAAAACUAUGCUAUUAAAGCAUGGCAAAGCAAUCAACUUGUGGAAUAUGGAUGUAAUCAUUCUGAAGAUGUCGAAGUUAUUCAAAACGAUGAUGCUAUGGUUUGCAAGGAAAGAAGCCCCGGCCAUUUUAUUUCUUCAACAGAAUAUCUCAGUCUAGAUGCGACCUCCGAACUUCUUGGUGAAACUAUGCAAUCUCCAUUUAGGAAGAAGAUCAUCGAUAUUCUCAAGAAGCCAUAUAAUCAAUCAGAGUAUGAAGAGCUUUCGAAAGAUGUCAAAGUUCGAAAGCCAAUACUAAAACACUUGGAGUUGCGUAAUGGGAGAGAUACGUUAUACCCUACAAGUAGAAAAGGAAAGUCUUAUUUAGAUCACCACAAAGAUCUUAAGAAAAUACUAGAAAAAGUGAGGACAGACAAACAUAAAAGGUUGAACAUUUUGCGUGGGUUUUUCUUUUGGCUACAGAAUGUGACUCUGGUAGGAGUAUUCAAGCCUUGGAAUGAUCCAACAUGUCUGGAUAUUGUGCCUGGUUCUUGCUAAUCAUUUCAGGUAUAUUGCUAACUCAUGAAUUUUCAUUAUCCAUUGCAACAAAAUCAUUUCUUUGUGUCAUCUUGGUUUCUUUUUGGCACAUUGAUUUAGACACAUCAAUGUACUUAAAUCUGCUUACUGCUCUAAUUAAGUACCUCUUGAAGUUGGAUGUUAACAUAAUUAAAAACAAUUGUUUGUUUAUCCAAGCUGAAGUUGAAUUCAUGUUAUAUUGGAUUUCUCCCA